UUUAAAAAAGUGGAUCUGUUUUCCAAGACAUUACAACAAAAGAGACAGCAACUUCCGUUUUGAUGCUUUUAAUUUGAUAUCCAAAGGAAGUCACAUGUCAAUUUCAUGACAGGAAGUUGACACAGUUGUUUAUCUUCCGUCAGCGGCGCCGGUGGAGUUGUAGCUAACGGAGGAAUAUAUCCGCCCAGUGCGUUGUUGGAAAGGAGUGACAGUCAAAGGCAAAAGAAGACAGAGAGGGCACCUUUAUCCUGGCUGCACGUGGGAGUGGUCACGCAGCUGGCCCAAGAGGUGCAAUCAGUGUGAGCCACAGGAAGUCAGAGGGAGGAGAGCCACAUGAGGCAGCAGCAGCUGCGUUUCACAGAGGAGAUCUCGAUCUUCGAGAGAGCAGGUCAGGAGAGGAUGGAGGGCGAGGAGGCUCCAAGCCACAGGCCCAGACUGGGCCCAGAACUGAGCUGGACGUACUCUACAAGCUGUCCCACAGACGAGAGCAGGUCAGGAGAGGAUGGAGGGCGAGGAGGCUCCAAGCCACAGGCCCAGACUGGGCCCAGAACUGAGCUGGACGUACUCUACAAGCUGUCCCACAGACGGAGGAGGAGGAGCAGGAGGAGGGGAAAAAGACGCCGACGCCGUACUAGGGGAACAGGAGGAGGAGGAGGAGGAGGAGGAGGAGGAGAGAGGAGGAAGAGGGGCUCCUUCAGACAGACCCAGAGAACCAAAAGUGGCAGAUUGAGACGAUGUCGGCCCGGCGCCUCGCCAAUUCUCUGCCCCGCACCGGACGCAGACUUCACCCCCGUGGCCUCAGACAACACCAAAGCUCUCCUGAGCUGGAGGUGUACACAUAGCACGGCAGGCCCUGGAUGGCAACAUCCUUGCAGAGGCUCCCAAAGGAGAUGGAGGGAGGUUUGCUCCUCAACACGCUGACCUUCAUGUCCUGCGUGGCCUUUAUCCAGAAUGGAGCCUACGUAGACCAUGUGCAUCUUCAAAAUCUUUGCCACCAAAUGGGCCUUGCCGCAGGCCAGACUGCAGCAGCUGCUGAUCCCGGGGAAACUCACCCUGGACAAAGUGAAGAAUGAGGAUUUGGAGGCUGCGUCAGACUGUCCCCUACAAGUUGCAGAAUCAAGCUGCCCUCAUCCCGUCCCUGCCACCGCCACCCACCAAAUUGGAGGACUUUGGCCAGCCCCAGGAAGAGCGGUCUGUUGGAAGAAGAUAUGGGUCUGUUGGAGGCGUUGGAUCUGUCGGUGAAAGUGGAAGAGAAGGGUCUGUCAGACGAAAGUGAAGGAUCUUAUGGUUUGCCAGCUUACCAAGUGCAGGCUAAAGAAACUGUUCAACUGAAAAAAGAUGCACGUUUUAUUUGAAUUAGAGUGACACUGAAUGACCAAAGUAAAUGUUAAAUGUAAGAAAGUAAGUGUAUAAUGCAAUAUGUUAUAACAUAAUAGUUUAUAUAAUGGUAUAUAAUAGUUGUUAUUGCAUGCUGGAUGCUUGGAGUUGCGAUUUUCCCUCCCGUUGUCCUCAGUCCCUGGAAACUGAGCAUUGCACUGACGAGCUUUGUUCUGUAACUGUCUUUGUGAAUGUUUUAAUGUGCCCACAUGAACGCAGUCAGACUGAUAGCUAGUGGGAUUGCUGCGCUAGGUCCUGUCUAGACUCAGAGUCUACGGAAGGCUUUUCAAAGCUGAGCUGAAGUCGGAGGCAAGCACAGCUUGCUUAGGUCUGUAGCUCUCCACCCACAUCACAGAUCUGAUCCCCCUCUGCAUAGGUAAUGCCUAUAAUAAUGAUUGUUAGUAUUGUUGUUGUUAUUAUUAGGUCAAAGUCAUGUUCUUGUCUGUAGACACUUAUUUUGAGAAAAGUAUGUGUUUGCAUUGGUGU